CCUGGUUUAUAACUCUCUGCAUCCACACAGUGACAGCCGGGGCGAUAGUUUGGCGUUCAGUUUAAGAUAUUUUUUUAGUAUUAUCUUUCGGACUGUUUGUUAAGAACAGAAGUAUUGUUUUAAUUUAUUUUGAGCAGGUUUUAAUCCCGGUAAAAUGGUGUUCUACUUCACAAGUGCGGUGGUGGACCCUCCUUAUACUAUUUACAUGGGGAAAGACAAAUAUGAAAAUGAGGAUCUGAUCAAGUACGGAUGGCCUGAAGACAUCUGGUUUCAUGUGGACAAACUGUCGUCGGCUCACGUUUAUCUGAGAAUGCCAAAGGGUAAAACGAUUGACGAUAUUCCUGCAGAGGUGCUGAUAGACUGUGUGCAACUGGUGAAAAAUAACAGCAUUCAAGGCUGUAAGAUGAACAACCUCAAUGUGGUCUACACACCCUGGGCCAACCUGAAGAAAACGGGAGACAUGGACGUCGGACAGAUUGGUUUCUUUAGGCAGAAAGAGGUGAAGCUCGUAGCGGUGGAGAAGAAGGUCAAUGAGAUCGUAAACCGUCUAGAGAAGACAAAAGCAGAGCGUUUCCCAGACCUGGCGGCAGAGAAGGAAUCAAGAGACCGAGAGGAGAGGAACGAGAAGAAGGCUCAACUCCAGGAGCAUAAGAGGAGAGAGAAGGAGGAGCAGAAGAAGAAGAAGGAGAUGGAGGAGCUCAGGAGCUAUUCUUCAUUGAUGACAGAUGAAAAUAUGAAGACCAAUGAGGAUGGAUACGACUCUGAUGACUUCAUGUGAAAAGUGAACACGAGAGAACAAAGCAGAUGGACGAUUUGCUGUCAGGACUCUUCCUCUGCUGCUUUCUCUUGCUGUAAUUCUAUAUGGACACUGAAAAAAAGAGAAUAAUCAUAAUUAAACAAAGACAAGUGGAUAAAAAAAUGUUUUGCUUUGGGACACUCGGAGCAGAAAUCAACCCAGCGGGGGAAGGUGCAGCAUAUUCUCGUUCAGGGACUGUUUCCAUUCUGAGCUGGCUGAUCUCUUCCUCACAUGAUGACAGAGAGCUCAACAGGAAUAUUAAAGACUGAACAGUGUUCGAUGCCAUAUUAAUGAUGAUUAAACUGGCGUUGCCUGUAUGUGUGCAUUUGUGUUUAAUGUCUCAUAAGAGCAGCAUCUUGUUGAAGCUGCAAAUCCCCCAGAUCCAUUUCUAAAAUAUACUUAUUUGUCUGCAUGUCAUGUUUUGAUGAUUACACUUCAGUCUUUGAAUUAAAAUAAAACAUUUCUUUGUAACAGGUGCUUGCAUUAAAAUACACAUACACAAUUAUUUGCAAGGCCUUAAUGCCAAACAAUGCUUUCUUAGUAUUUUUGUUUUUAUGUUUUUUUGUUUGUGUAUGUGUAUAUAUAUAGCACAAUAUCUGUGUCCCAGGUCUUGCAACAUUUUGUAAUUUUUCAUUAAGUGAUUAAAUUCAGAUUCCUAAAUGGAGAACGAGACGUUAACCCUAGAUUUGAGUCACAUGACGCUCAAUCACAUUUGGUACACUC